AUGCUGCAACAUCAAUAUUUCGCAAAAGACAUACAUCACUUAUCGGAUGACAAGAAACCAGAAGUUAACCGUAAACUGCGGCCUUUGAAUCCAUUCAUAGAUCAAAACGGCAUUUUGCAAGUCGGCGAUCGAUUGAAACACUCGUUCAUGCCAUUUUCACAAAAACACCCAAUUAUCCUUCCAAAGGCCCAUUUGACCACGAAAAUAAUUGAACACGAACAUCGCACACAAUUGCACGCUGGCGUCCAGACCACACUCUACGCGAUUCGACGAUGCUACUGGCCUAUCGAUGGGCGCAGCCAGGUGUGGAGCGUCUUAAAGAAAUGCGUUCGUUGUUGUCGAGCGAAUCCUCCUCCCGUUGAAUACAUCAUGGGCAAUCUUCCAGAAGCUAGAAUCACCGAAUCCCGUCCCUUCACACAUGUUGGAGUCGAUUACUGUGGCCCCUUUUAUAUCAAGGAAAAAAGACAUCGUAACCGUAAGCAAAUCAAGGUUUACGUUGCGGUGUUCAUAUGCCUUGCGGUAAAAGCGGUCCAUCUGGAAUUGGUCAGUGAUAUCACGAGCGAAGCGUUUCUCGCUGCCCUUCGACGCUUCAUCUCGCGACGAGGAUUCUGCGCUCACAUAUACUCAGAUAACGGCACCAACUUCACGGGAGCCAACAACGAAUUGCGGGAGCUCCAGAAAAUGCUGAGGACAGAGGAACAUCAACAGAGUCUAACUGAAUUUCUAACGGAAAGAUCCAUCCAAUGGCACUUCAUUCCCCUCCAAACUCCCCAUUUUGGAGGGCUUUGGGAGGCCGCAGUAUAA